AUGUUAGUAGAGGAGGUCCCGAGAACUACAAAUUCGAGUAGCACGACGGUAUAUUUUUCGUCGUCAAUUAAUCUCAGUGCUAGGCCAUCUUCGUACUCGUCCAAGCAACAAGAUAACAAUCAAGACCAAGAUGAUGGGAAUGCAAACAACGCUAAUAGACACAAUAAGAGCAGACCUAAAGUUAAUUAUAACUUGAACCAUUUGAUGAAUGCACAGACUCAGGCCAAUGACCUAUCUGCUUAUUCUGGUCCUUUAAAGUCAUCACAACAAAUCCAACUAGAAAGAAUAAUAACUAAAAGAUUGAAUGAAUUGAACAAAGAAUCCGCCAUCAACACGUUCGAAAUACCGAAGAAUUUCACAUUUCAAAAUGCCAAUGCUAGUGGAGAUAAGAGAAAGGCGAGACAGGGAAAUACACCUACUACUAAGAAAAUUUUAUCUUCUCGUAGAAAUUUGAAUCUGUAUUUUGAAGAAGAGCGAAAUUUGAUAUCUAUAAACUCAAUAUUGUGCCUUAAUUAUCAAUUCAUUGACCAAAUAGAUGCAACCAGUGAAGAUAAAUCAAGUACAAAGAAAAGAAAAUUAAAUGAAAGGGCAUUCAAGCCUCGAUUAAGAUUAUGUUGUAUAUGCGGAUCGAACUCUAGUUACGCAAGAUGCACAAAUUGUGGAUUAUUUGCCUGUAGUGUUAAAUGUAAUAAAUUGCAUGAGGACCUGAGGUGUAAUUAA